AGCCUACACUGAUGGAUAUUGGAAGGUAUCAGGUCUAGCUUCAACAGAGCGGCCCCUCGAAACACCGAACCCAGAUGAUGGGGCAGCUCUCACCCAAGAAAUCAUGAAGCCCAUCAACGCUCUUCUAGAUGACUUCUCCCACCCACACUGGGACGUCCUAAAACAAUGGUUUCUUCCCAACGCUGGUGUAACUCUGUAUAGACCACCCGCUGAGCCAGCGCCCAUGACUAUGGAGCAGUCCAUCGUUCGUCUGCAGGGUAUGAUCAAGAGUGGUAUUACUAUUCAAGAGAAGUUACAUGACAUUCAGGUCCGAAAACACGGUGAUAUUGCAUUGGUUUGGGCGCCCUUUGUGGUUGAGAUUAAUGGGGUGCCUAAACAUGAUGGUGUGAAUGCGUUUACGCUUCUGAAGAGGCAUGGGAGAUGGGUGUUUAGUGGAUGUCAGGACUAUGGCGUUGCUAUUGAAUGAGAAGUAACUGCUGAGCUUGCUUAUCGAUGUCUGUGUGGUAUCUGGUGAAUAUCUGUAGGAAGAGCGAGGCUGGUCUAUUUAUUUGGUGCUCUGCCUGAAAGCGACGAAGCCGAGGGACUAAUGUGGAUGCCUAGUUAUUUGCAACCUAUAGCGUUUCUGUCUGUUGUUUGGUAUCAGAUUUUUACACUGGUGAA